GAAAAUAAAUUGCAAACAGCUAACAGAUUUUAUGUGGAAAACAUUUCAGAACGUUUUAUAUAUAUAUAUAUUUAUAUAUUCAUAUAUUCUUUUUAUUAUUAGCACUAUAAGCUUGACGUGAAGUUCGAAGUAAUGUUAUUUGGUGCAAAAUUGAUUUUUCUUGAAGAAUAUCCGAAAACUUACAAGAAAUGUAAUUUAAAUAUAAUAUGCGUAACAAUAAAACAAUUCGAGAUCGUGGUAGGGAAAGUUAAUGUUUUCAGAAUGGUUGUUUCCUUGCUGAUAUUAUUGAUGGCUCAAGGUGGCGCAGCAGAAUGUCCACGACCGUGUUUGUAUUUAACUAAUGUAUCCUCUAUUUUUCGUUUUCCGUUAAAUUCGUCCUCGGGAUUACCAGAUAGCAAGAAACCGCAGAUUAUUUUUAAAUCUAAAGGACAUAUUCGCUCCCUGGAAGUUGAUCAAGUCAACGAACAGUUAUACUGGGGUGAUCUUCGACACAACACUAUCAAGAAAAGUUCAAUGGAUGGGUCGAACAAAACGACACUUUUCUCGUAUGCUAUUGGCUAUCCGCAAGGCAUAGCCGUUGAUUGGUCGUCUAAUAUUUUGUAUUGGACAGACAGCUUAAUGAAAAUGUUGGAACUCUCUGAUACAAGAGGUUUUAAUCGGAAAGUUCUUUUUAAGUUCAACAAUGGUGAUCAACCAAGAGGGAUAUGUGUUGACCCUAGCCACGGAUAUCUCUUUUGGACGGACUGGGGUGAAAAGCCAAAGAUUGAACGCUCAACUUUAUCGGGAGAUCAUCGAGUUACUGUAGUUAAUAAAACGAUUAAGUGGCCGAACGAUUUAGCCAUAGACUAUACUUCGGACAGAUUAUACUGGGUCGAUGCGUAUCGGGAUUUUAUCGAGUCUGUUUUGUUGAACGGGCGAGAUAGAAAAAAGAUUUUUAUUUCGUAUUCCAAAAGCAUUCAUCCCUACAGUAUGGCGUAUUAUGCUCCAAAACAUAUAGCAUUUUAUACCGACUGGUAUGAAGACGCUGUUUAUGCUCGUGGAAACAUCACCACUCGUUUGCAAUCUAAACUUUUGUUUCAGAAUUCAAAUAAAAAGAAAAAUAUUGGACAAGUGCGAAUUUUCGCAAACGUAAUCCUAAAAAAAGUAAAGAAACCUUGCUUAUCCAGUCAAAAUAAUUGUUCUCAUUUGUGUUUGAAAGCGUCUGAAAAUACGUUCGUCUGUGAUUGUCCAACUGGCAUGACUUUGUCAUCCACUUCGCCAACUUUAUGUGUUGAUGUAAAAAAAGAUUUUGAAAUCUACUUUGCUGACAGUCAUGCAAAAACUGUCAAUCACUUAGUGAAGUAUGUCAACCAGAGUGGUUUCAGUAUACGGCCUUUAGUGACGCCGUCGAACGAAAGGAUUGACUACCCAGUUGCACUAGAUUACGAUCCAUUGGAGGAAUAUAUUUAUUGGACAGACCGGAAAACUAAAAAGACUUAUCGCAUGAAAGAGGAUGGUAGUAACUACAAAGUCAUUAUGAGACAAACAUCCGGCGCAUCGCAUGGAAUUGCAGUAGAUGGCUUAAGCAGGACCAUCUUUUGGUUUAAUGAUAAUGGCAAAAAAUUAAUGAUGUCAUCUCUCGAUGGAGCAUUGACUAAAACAAUUCUAAAGACUGGGUUAGACAAUCCACGUGAUAUAGCUUUGUAUGAAGAGAAGGGUUAUGUGUAUUUUACCGAACAAAAAUAUCAUUACAUUGGGCGCAUCAACACAGAUGGUACUGGAAUGAUAUCCACACGAAACAAAAGGGAAGAUAUUCAUGCAACAGGUCUUGCUGUAGAUAAAAUUGAGGACAGGAUUUAUUGGUGCGACGAAGAGUAUUACAGUAUCGAAUCAACAGAUUUAAAUUUUAAAGACAAAAGAAAGAUUGUGCAACAAACUGUGUACCGAUUCGGUGUAUUUUGGAUAGUCAGAAACCAUGGAAACGUAGUAAAACCUUUUGGUCUCACUAUUCUUGGUGAAAAAAUGUACUGGACAGACUCAUAUAAACGAGCAAUAUUCUCAGCAGAUAAAAGAAGUGGUGGUAACAUCGAAUACAUCACAGGUGGACUCGAUCAUCCAAGAGAUAUGCAUGUUUACAGGAAUUAUUUGACAACAGAGUAUCGAAAGGUCUACAAAUUUUCUAUAUCUAAACAAUUUAUAAGACCUAACUAUGCAAGAUGCUCUCUAACCAAUGCCUGCACAUCCCGGUAUUAUACGUUCCUAAAAGAUCCAGCAAAAUGUCCACCAGGAUACAAAGACACUGGUGUGGUAGACAAUUGCGCCAACUGCUCGGAUGUGGUAGGAGGAAGAUUUAAAUGUCCAUGUACAAACUGGAUGACAUGCGCGCAAAGAGCUUAUGCUACAGUACAAGGAUGUCAUCCAAAAAAACCAUUCAUGAGGUUUAAAGUGCGGCAGUGCGUCCAAGAGGUAAAGCCGGGGGUAUGUCCAUAUAAAGCAAAAGCAAUAUGUGUUGCCGAUAACGAUCAAUGUAAAAAUGACGAUGAGUGCAAGGGCAGCAAAAAAUGUUGUCAAGCUGAAUGCGGGAGAGUAUGCUCUGAUGUUAUCCAGAAAACUGAUCAUCCGUGUACAAUUAAUAAUGGUGGAUGUAGCCAUUUUUGUCUUGCUAAGUCGAAUUCAUACGAAUGCACAUGUCCAGAUGGUAUGGGACUGGACCCGACUGGAAUGAACUGCAGUAGAUUAAACGAAACUCUUACUGAAGAUGUGUGUGCACUUCCAAAAGACAGUGGUCCCUGUCAUUCGUACGCAUCAAUAAGGAGAUGGUAUUUUAACUCAAAAACAAAGAAAUGUGAGCAAUUCAAAUAUGGCGGUUGUGGUGGAAACGAAAAUAACUUUGACAGCCAAGUACUUUGCGAACACGCAUGCGCAGGUGAAUGCCCAUCUGUCAGUGCAAAUCCGAAAUGUGAGGUGGUUGCACAACAAAACCAGUGUACACUGACGUCACCAUGUAAAGGGAAACAGCUUUGUUGUGGUCUACAGUCUUGUAACAAGAAGACAUGUCAAAACCCAGUUCCUAAGCCUUUACCAAAGUGCUAUCAACCAGCCGUCACUGGAAGAUGUGAAGCGCACAUCAAAAGUUGGUAUUUUGAUAUCAAAACAAAACAAUGCAAGGAAUUCGUUUACGGCGGCUGUGAUGGAAACGAGAACAGAUUCGAAAACGAGUUAUCUUGCUACAAAGCGUGUACCUAUAUUGUUUGCCAACAACCGAAAAAAGUGGGUCCAUGCAAGGGACAUCGCAGAAGAUACUAUUACAACAAUAAAAGCCAGAAAUGUGAAUCGUUUACUUGGGGAGGUUGCUUAUCGAACGACAACAAUUUCAAUUCGUCAGCUCAUUGUGUCUCGUACUGUAUGAAAGAUACUCCUGGCGGCUGUCAAUCAAGCCCAUGUAAAAAUGGCGGCACGUGUAGUGAGGCUGGUAGAUUUGGGUUUAACUUUAAGUGCGCGUGCUCAAAGAAGUGGGUUGGAAAGACAUGUACUUUGAACGCAGAGAAAGGAAAAGUGAUCGUGAAUUUCAGGAAAACGGAUCCUAAGUCAAGCAUAAGCAAAAAAGCUCUGGCAAGAAGUAUUGCGAACCGUUUCUCUGCGUAUUGCAUGCUCAAAUCGUGCUCAUUCACUUCCAAAGAACAUUCUAGAACACGCCGAACAUCCGUUGCCAUUCCUGUCUUUUUUGCGACAGACAUUGUUUUUUAUGAAUACAAAGACAUAAAAAAUAAAGUUUCUGCUGAAAUAUUGAUCUUAAGACCGAAUUGGUUCGCAAUGCCAAUAGAUGGUUACUUAUCUCGCUAUUCGGUUCAGGCUGGCUUCAAAGAAUACGGAGAAGCUAUUGCAACACCUCUUAAACUGAAGUAUACUGGCACCUCUAUCCCAAAUUCUGCACCACAAACAAAGAAGAAGACGAGCAAAAAAUCAACCAUGAAAGUGUUGACCAUACUUUUUAUUGUCUUCAUUUUGGUCGUGCUUAUUGCUUCUUUGAUCUGGUAUAUUAAAAAGAAGAAAUCAAAACCACCACCGCCCAACAACGAACCUGCCAGCGCAAGAAGCAACUCUGGUGUUCAUUGGUCGUUUGAAAACGAACUUUAUAACGAUGUAGCUGCUUCAACUGUGUCGUUACCACCGAGAUACAACGAGACCAACGAUCUCCAAACAAACCCUACUUCUAAUACAGCUGGUGCGACUGGUGGCGGAAUUACUGACGAAAAGGCAAAUUUGGGUAAUGAUUGGGUUAAAUUCGACAGUGAGGAAAAACCACCAAUCACGACGUUUGUAGAAGCACGACUCGCUGACCCAUACAAUAUUGAAGACGUGCUUAGCGAUCCGCCACCAGAUUACAGCUCCCGGGCGGCAACUCCAGCUUUAAAUCAUCAAGAGGAAUCAUUAACCCGGUUAGGGGAAUUACCACCUUACGCAAGUCAACCGAGCUUACAAGAUCUACCCGGAGAGCAGCCGAUUGUUAUGGGCUUGAGUUUGCCAAGGUCCGAAAAUGAUUCAGAGACUGUUACUCAACUGAGACACAAUGAUGUAUCAGGCAACUCAGAUGCAUAACUUGGAUAACAGUGUAUUCAACAAGGCUGCUUCUUACGUUUGAUAGACAAGCUUUUUAAAAGUGGAAGGAUUAAUUUAUUGCACGUGUUUUUAUAAGAAACCAGUACUUGAAACCUGUCUGUAUAUUUUUACCUAUUUAAUUUAUUUAGUAUUAACAUAUAGUAACUAUAAGAAGUUAAAGCGUUGUAGACGGCGCUGGCUGGAGUGUGCCAUGAACGGCGUUUUGGUGUGAGUAUGAUUGAAAAAUGUGUCAUUUGCUACAAUAACAGAAAAAUAUAUUUGAGGUUGGGUAAAAAAGCAAAAGAUAUAUUACUAGUCGCAAAGAAAGCUUAGCCGUUGUCCAGAAAACUUAUUUACAUAUACUAUAGAUGACUUGAUAUAAGCUUUGUUUAGAUUUUCUUCAGCAGGCAAAUACUUUUUUUUAACCAAUCAGAUCUUCUAAAAAGAAUUAUUAGCCAAUUGAAUUGUUUUAUUUUGCCUGCCAAAAAAAUAAACACAAAAAAAUUUAUCAAGAUAGCAAGUCAUCUAGUCCUUUUAUUUAUUUGAAGAAAAAAAGAAAGAUGUUAAAAAGUGACGAGUCGUCAAAAAAACGUUUUUAAGCUUUGGGAUUAAUUUUUUUUCGCUCGUUUCAAUGGGGAACUUAAAAUUAGGCAGGAGACCCAGUUUAGCUAAAAUUCCAGUGAAUUUUGAUGAAAAAAAAUAGGCUUACAUGACAUCCUCGUCACCAAGGUUAGUUGCGUGAUGUAAAAGCAAGAACCCCUGGGGACGAGGUUGAUAACAUAUUCGAAUUAAAACUCCUGGGUAGAAAAACGUUUUUGUUGUUGUACUUUUUGUUUAUUACUCUUGUAAAUAAAUUUACUCACUAUUUUAUUACUAUUAA